AUGAAACUUUUUUGCGGGUCGGUUUUCGGUAAACGCAUUCUCAGUAAUGGCGUGCACCAAUUGGUGCCAUUUCGGGCAGCUUCGAAAUCUUCAAAUCCGGCAAUGCAAUUCCCCUGUCUUGACAAGAUGGAAGAAUUGUCAGAGCAGCUCAGAAAUAAACACGGAAGCUGCGCAAGUGUGGAUGCAACGUCUUCACCAAGCAACGAACCGUAUUACGGGAAGGUACGAUCAGGAUUCAAGCUAUACAAGUCAGAAAAACCACUGUUUCUGGACUACGGCGGAGUUUUACCAAAGUUUCAGAUAGCAUAUGAGACAUGGGGCAGUCUCAACAAAGAUGCAUCGAAUGCAGUGCUCAUUCACACAGGGCUCAGCGCAUCUUCGCAUGCCAAAUCAUCGCCGGACAAUUCACAACCAGGUUGGUGGGAAAAAUUCAUAGGUCCUGGGAAUAGUAUGCUGGAUACAAACCGGUUUUUUGUUAUCUGCACAAAUGUCCUAGGUGGCUGCUAUGGAUCCACUGGCCCAUCUUCCCCUGAUCCAGCCGAUAAUUUACCGUAUGCCACUAGAUUUCCUAUGCUGAGUGUCCAAGAUAUUAUCAGAGGUCAGCACAGACUAGUAAAAGAACAAUUUGGCAUUGACAAGCUCUAUGCAUCUGUUGGGUGUUCUAUGGGUGGUAUGCAGUCUUUGGCAUAUGCCCAACAGUUUCCCGAAGCUGUGGAGAAAGUAGUGACCGUAUCGGCCUGUGCUAGAUCACACCCUUCGAGCAUUGCUAUGAGGCACGCACAAAGACAAGUGCUCAUGGCUGACCAGCACUGGAAGCGAGGAUUUUACUAUCCUACAAACGAAGAGCCAAAUAGAAUUCUCCCACAUGUGGGUAUGAAGCUCGCGCGUGAAAUCGCUACCGUGACUUAUAGAUCAGGACCAGAGUGGGAAUCAAGAUUCGGAACCGAGCGUCUAAAUGAUGACAUUCCUCCAGUGCUAUGUCCUGACUUUUUGAUCGAAACCUACCUGGAUCAUCAAGGCGAGAAGUUUUCACUCGAAUACGAUGCCAACUCUUUUCUGUAUCUUUCCAAAACCAUGGACCUGUUCGACCUUUCUAAAAGUCACCAGGAUAGAAGCAAUCGCAGAAGAGCAGAAGCUCAACGCGUCUUUGAAGAAGGUGACCUCGAGGGCAGACCUUCAAGGCUAUGCGAUGAACCUUAUGAAGCCACAAAGAAAAGAAGGACCACUACGGUCGAGCAAGCGCGCGAAGACCUUCGGAAGGGCAUGGAACCCCUCAUCGGCAAAGAACUUUUGGUUGUGGGAGUUAAGUCCGAUGGGCUAUUUCCCUUUUGGCAACAAAGGGAAAUUGUCGAAUUGCUAGGCAGCGACAAGAACAUCGAACAUGUCGAGCUUGACGAAUCUCAAUCUUUGUUUGGGCAUGAUACAUUUCUGCUUGACCUGGAGCAUGUCGGUGGGAGCAUUGGUAGAUUUUUAAAGUAA